AUGCACAGAUUCGAUAUUCUUCUGCUUUCCACCAUUGCGCUAGGAGCUCAUGCCACGAGCCAUCCAUCUUUGCCAACUGUUGAUUUAGGAUACCAAGUCCAUCGUGCCAUAUCAUACAAUGACACAAUCAAGGCCUACAACUUCACCAACAUCCCCUACGCUGAACCACCUGUAGGAUAUCUACGCUGGAGAGCUCCGAUCCCACCCAAGGGCGUUCAAAAGACCAUACAGGAUGGCAGCAUUGGCAAAAUCUGCCCCCAAACAUCUCCCAACUGGACAACCACUGCGAUACAGUUUGCAACAGCAUGGGCAACGAAUCAACUUCCUUUCAACUACACUGAGGCUGAGGAAAUCGCCAACAAUUCUCCGCAGACUACAGGUCUGCGAACUACAGAAGAUUGCUUGGUCGUGGAUGUAAUUGUUCCCAAAGCUGUCUUGGAUAAGAAGACGUCCCACGGUAAAAAGGCCCCUGUGACAGUAUGGAUCUAUCAUAAUGUCGCUGUCAUGGGCGAAUCAGCCGGCGCAGGAUCCAUAAUGUUCCAUCUCCUUGCUCAGGGGGGCAAACAACGUGUUCCAUUCAAGAGAGCGAUUGUACAGUCCAUACCGCUGACUGUCUUGAUUGACCCCGCGCAGCAAGAAGAUAGCUUCCAAAAGUUUCUCAAUAUUCUCAAUGUCACGUCGUUGGAGGAAGCCAGACAACUGUCUUCGAGUGCCCUCAACGUUGUCAAUGUCCAACAGAUUGGAGCUGAGCCCUACAAUGAGUUUGCCUUUAGCCCUUCUGGUGACGACGUCUACAUGAUUGGUCCACCUGCCAAGUUGUUGCUUGAAGGUGCAUUCGCUAAGGGCAUUCCGUUGCUGUCCUCUCAUACGAGCUUCGAGGGCGCGUUAUUUACUGAUCCUCGGACUAUUGGGAAUGAAACGGCAUUGGCAAACAGACUUCAAGCUACUUAUCCGCUGAUGGAAGAAAAAGACCUCAACUACGUGCUCAACGCUCUUUAUCCGGCCGUUUACGAUGGCUCUCAUCCUUAUACAACUAGCCUUGACAGAAACAUCUUGAUAGCAAACGAGAUGUACUUUGACGCCGCCCACCAAGCCCUACUUCAGGCUACUAUCCAGCGUGGAACAGAAGUGCAUGCGUGGGAAUUCUCAGUCCCGCCGGCUAUCCAUGCAAGUGAUAUUCCAUAUACAUUCUACGACGGAGCUGCAGGCGUAGACCCUCAUGUUGCUAGCAUCAUGCAGCAUGCCAUUGCUGGAUUUGCAAAGUGCGGAGAGCCUGACGCGGGGCCGUUGGGAUUCGCAUUUUCUCGCUAUGUAAAGCAGGCGACGACGGUCAAUCUCAACAUCAGUUCCUCCGUCACCAUCUCGGACCCGACGUGGAAUCACAGAACUUUGUGGUUGGCGCAGACCUCGUGGAUUGGAUGA